AGUAGAUUCGUCAGCUGGAUCGGCCACUAGUGUCGACGAUGAGCGGCUUGUACUACGACCGGGAGACGGGGGCGACAACGCUCUUGGGCGAAGCGCGGACGAAGCUGUCGGCAGCGGCGGCCAAGGCGGACGAGGCCGCGCCCGAUGGCCUCGACGUCUUUCAAACCCGCGACUGGACUAUGGCGGCGAAGAAGAGCCACAUCACGCCACUCCAUGCGCUCGACUCGCUCGGGACGGCCAUCAACAUGACGCCGCCCGAGAUGGUCUUUGGUCACAACCAGUUGCUCCUCGUGCACGAGCCGUCGGGCUUUAGCCUCUCGUUCGUCGCCAUGGAGGCCCUCGCGCACUGCCACUUCAAGGACGGCACGACCGACCAGCUCAAGGUCGCUGUUGCCAAGGAAAAGACCGGCAACGAGGUCAAGGAGCUCGAGAUUUCGUACGACUGGACGUAUACGACCGACUACAAGGGAACGCUGGGCCGCGAGGACCGCGCGACGCACGUCGUUGCACCCCACGGCGUCCGCGUCGAGCCCACGACGGAGCGCAUCGACUUUGAGAAGCUCAAGGUCCGCGAGCCCAUUCUGUGGAGCGGCGAGGUCAACCUGUACGAAGACGAGCUCCACGACCAUGGCAUCUCCGUCAUGUCCCUGCGCAUGCGCGUCAUGCCCUCUGGCUUUUACGUCCUCGCGCGCUACUACAUGCGUCUCGAUAACGUGCUCGUGCGUCUUCAUGAGACGCGGAUCCACCACCUCUUUGGGUCGGACUACAUGCUGCGUGAGUACACGGCCAAGGAGGCGGCGUUCGAGGCGCUCUUCGCGCAGGGACACCCGAACCACAUGUCCCACUACACCAACGUUGAUACCUACCAGCACCUCUUGUCGACCAAGGUCGCGCAGUACGAGAAGGUCUUUCUCCAGUAGUCGCCCUCGUCGUCGGAGCAGCACGUAAUUUUGCACACCUCUCGACUUCAACAUCGUGUGUCGUGUUACGCCGCC